CUGGUUCUCUCUGUAUAAGUCUGCAGGUCGGUUGAAGUCCGUCUAGCCAGACAGGAUGCACCCCUCAUGCCGCCACUCUGCCCCAACACUCACACUCAAGGUGUUGUGUGUUCGGUUCUGCGUGUUCUACUGCAGCAUGUGUCUGGCGGGUUGGCCCCUGUUCUCGGAGGGGGCCCGGCUGCGCUGCGGCUCCGAGCUCCUCAGUGACCUCCUGUUCGUCUGUGGGGAUCGGGGAAUCUACUUGGGUAAAGGCUCCUGGUCGGGGUACGGCCCUCGGCCCAGGGGGAAGGGAAUAGUGGACCAGUGUUGCAGAUCCUCCGGCUGUGAACUUUACCACCUGGAGAUGUAUUGUGCCAAGCCAAAAGCCAAGCAGCUAACCACAAGAUCCCCAACCACAACUUCAACCACAGCAACACACACAACCACUGCAGUUCUAGACAUGUUUGAAGAUGUGUUUCGGAAGAGGCUUUUGGAGACGCUGGGAGCUCCCAACAGCCCACAGAGAGAGGCCUACAGAAAGAAAACUCCUUCGUCGCUUCCGUGGAAAAGCAAAAUGUCGUCGCCGCCGCCGCGCGUGAGGGUCAACGUGCAGAACUCGACCAGCUGGCCUCCCUCAGCCUCGGGACGCUCCGUCUGAAGACGGAAUCUGCAGGACAAUUUCAAUGUGAAAGAUUUGACGACGGCUCGAACAAACUCUCGUGUGAAGUUGGUACCUGGCGGAGUCAGAUAAGAACCCAGACGUAGAGGGCUGUGAAGAUCUUUGCAAGAUCUGGAACAAGCAGACUGCUGAGCUGCUUCCAGACCAGCUGUCACUUCCUCCUUGACUUCCCCCCUCCCCCGUCCUUUAACACCACGACGAGCCUCUGCUGCCCGUCUGUUCUGGCUCCCUCCUCAUCUUCCCAUACAGGCUGUCCAGGUCCGUGCACUGGUGCGACUGGGAGCUUAGUGUGUGUGAAGCCUGAAGCUGCUCCUGCCAGCCUUGCUUUGCUUCCCACAUCCUCAUGUCUAACCUGCUGUUUGCUCUGUACGUUUGCACAUGUUGAGUUACAGGCCAAGAUCUGUCUAAGCCACUUUAGUUCACAGUUUUUUGGGUCAGCUCCGUUAGGCUUAUAGCUCUUCUGUUUGCAACAAACCGUAGAUACCUAGUGGGCUACAGAACGCUCUAGGCAUUUAUGUGUGUUUUAGCACUUUUACUCCUAUGCAAAGAGAGGUUUUUAUACUGACUUGUUUUCGUUCAACUUUAUUUCAUUUGAAGCGUAAACGUUUUUGGGUUUUUUUUGUAAUAAUUUCUUGCACUCACUUAUUUAUUUCACCACGACUAGAACAA